AUGACUCCGCAAGCAUCAGCCGAUCAGCUCCAAGGCCAGGAACCGGAACGUCGCCCAGGCAAGAGACCAGCACCACGCGGAACCGCCUUCUACCCGCGAAAACGGGCCAAUACGGCCUGUCAAGUGUGUCGGAGCAGGAAGACUAAAUGCGACAAUCUCAAACCGACAUGCUCAUACUGUCUCAGCGUCGGGGCGAACUGCAUUCAGUCCCCAGUCGAUCUGUCGGCAUUUGACCCCGCAAGUCUCAAGAUUCUGGAGCGAUUGGAUGAGCUGGAAAAGAUACUUCGCGAUACGCGAGACAAUGACUCUCAUUCAGCACCAGCUGUUGGUUUUGGGCAAGCAGAUGGCCCUGUCCAGGAAUUGCCUACUGUUGAAGAGUCUCCCGUGGGGGAACUAGACCAUUCACCUAUGAGCGAUAUACCAUUGAGGAGUAUCCUGCCAGAGAAAAUGGAAAGCCUUCUCCUCUGGUCCGUUCUCUCACGAGACAUGUCGGCCCAUGCAACACUUCAGAACGAUGCUCCCCAACCAUCACCGUCUUAUUCACCUGGUUGUCACUCGCUAGCGGAUAUAGCGGAUUUAGACACCCAGGGUGUGAAGGUGCUUUUGGAUAACUUCUUUGCGCACGUACACUGCAAGAACCCAAUCCUGGAGGAAGCAGCUGCAAGGAGGGUUGUUCUCAAUGUCGUUAUUGAGGGGAUUGAUUGGUCGCCAGGAUCAUGUUUAACAUUGAUCAUUUGCGCCUUGGGAAAGAUAGCUACAUCUCUUGACGCCACUUUCCAUCUACGACCUGACUCGACGCAGUAUCUCGAGGCUCAAGCGUUGUUCCAAGCAGCGCAGAAGAGAAUCGGAACACUUAUGGCUCGAUCUGAUAUUAUUUCCGCGCAAUGUUUCUUUCUGUCUGGAGUCUAUCUUAUGAGCACUUUCAGGCCAUUCGAAGCCUGGCGAUAUUUCUCACAGGCACUAGCAACGUGUCAAACACUGCCCUUUCUGCAGAAAGCACAAUUCUUAAGCGCCUCUGAUGGGCCAGAGUUUCCAAGACCGGAAUUGGGUGAAACACAACAAGAAGCUGUGUACUGGUCUGCUUGGAAGUCUGAGAUGGAAUUAAGAGGAGAACUGUCGCUUCCCGACUAUAGCAUGCCUUAUUCUUCGAGCGUGCUGUAUCCACCUUUCUUCCCUACACCUCCACAUCCUCUGGAGUCAACCAAGACUACAGCUUCCAGCAGACAACAUACAGCCUGGUUGUUUUAUCUAUCCGAGAUAUCUCUUAGGCGGCUCUCCAAUCGCACAUGCAAGGACAUCCUCGAGUUACAUCGCGCAUCAGCCUCGAAUGUGGAGUUUCUAAAGCAACUCGCUCUUAUUGUACCAUCUUAUGAGGCUCAGGCAAAUGAAUGGUCUGAUAGUCUCCCACCAGAGCUCUCAAUCACAUCGAGCCCCGAAGAAGACAACGUAUGUCGAUUUGUCCUCCGCGGCCAUCUGGUAAACUUCCUCGAACGACUCUACUGGCCCUUUGUGAUGGCCCAUCUCGCCGCCCUAGAGGGAGGUAUCACGACACCCGUACCAGGCCUUCAACUUGUAACCAAGGGUUUAGAGUAUCACGUGUUGAACGUCGAUGUCAACCAAGCUGGCUUCCUACAUCGUCAUCACGGAACAUGGUUCAUGAUCCGAGCCCUCGUCCGAUCCGCGACGGUAUUGCUUGCAGCUCGGCUGUUGGGCUCGGCAAUGCCGAACGGUUGGCGAGAAGCGUGUGAGAGAAUUAUGCAAGUUUUGAGAGCAUGGGAGGAUGAUGUAGCAGGGUUGUCACACCAUCGGAUAUUCUUGGAGGAAGUGUUGCAUAAACUUGGCGAUUAA